AUGGCUUAUCGCGUUGUUCUGCUGUCGCUUAUCCUCGCAGCACUUGUGUCGCAUAGCGUCGCCGACGACUCGUCCGACGUCGUCGAGCUGACGCCGAACAAUUUCGGCGAUUUCGUGGGAACGGAAAAGGCGGUGUUCGUGAAAUACUACGCGCCAUGGUGCGGCCACUGCAAGAAGCUGGCUCCGGACUACGAGAAACUCGCCACGGCCUUCAAGAAGACCAAGUCGGUGGUCAUCGCCAAGGUGGACUGUGACGCGUACAAGGAGAUGUGCAGCGACUACAGGGUGCGCGGCUACCCCACUCUCAAGUGGUUUCCCGCUGGCACUGAUAUCCCAGAUGACUAUGACGGGCGCAGGGAGGCUGCAGGCAUGGUGACAUGGGUGAAUGAGAAGCUGGGCACGAGUGUGCGUGUGCCUGUGGCCGUGUCUCACGUGUUGGACCUCACGCCCGCCACCUUCGAUGUCAUCGCUCUGGAUCCCACCAAGCACGUGCUUGUGGAGUUCUAUGCCCCCUGGUGUGGCCAUUGCAAGCAACUCGCCCCAAUAUACGAGCAGGUGGCAGAGGCAUUCAGGCUGGAGAGCAACGUGGUGAUCGCCAAGGUGGACGCUGACCAGCACCAGGGGCUCAAGGACAGGUUCGCCAUAUCAGGCUUCCCCAUGCUCAAGUGGUUCCCAGCAAGUGGGGCAGAGGGGGGAGGGCAGGAAGGGGAGGACUACAGUGGGGAGAGGGGGCUGAAGGAGCUGGUGCGGUUUGUGAAUGAGCGCGCCGGUACCAGCAGGACCAUCAAGGGCGGCCUCACCAGUGGGGCUGGUCGCAUAGAGUCUCUGGACAGAAUUGCACGCACAUUCCUGGAAGCUUCGGCUCAAGAAAAGGCAGGCCUGAUGGCAGAGGCAGAAGCAGUGGCUGUGCCAGCGAGUGGGAAAAGGCAUGCGGAGCUGUACCUGAAGGUGAUGCGGGGUGUGGUGGACAAAGGGAAUGGGUAUGUGGAGAAGGAGAUUACCCGCCUCUCCAAAGUGCUUGACGGGGAUUUGAAGCUUGAAAAGGCAGAUGAUUUCACCAUUCGGAGGAAUAUCCUGUCAGCGUUCGUCCCCAGUGCUGGUAGAGCAUCCAAGUAG